AUGGGCUGGGUACACAAUGCUUCCCCGGAGAUCGAGGCCCAGUCCAAGUACCCGCUCAUUCUGGGGGUGUGCAUCAGUCUGACCGUGUUGAUGAUCAUCACCGUUUGCCUACGACUGUUCGUGCGCAUCAGGCUUGGGAGAUUCGGAGCUGCCGACUAUGUGAUGGUGUUUGGAAUGAUAUUCAGUAUCAUCUACAACGCUCUUUGUAUAGCUCAAAGCCGUUAUGGACUGGGAUUGCCACUGGCAGCGCGGCCAAAGGCGAACCUCCUAACCUACACAAAAAUCAACUACGCCGGUCGGCCCAUCUACCAACUCGGAAUCGCAGGUUUCAAAGCUGCACUGUGCAUCAGCUACCUCCAUCUACUCUCCAAGACCUCCAAGCGCUUCUACCGAAGACUAAUCUGGGUGGUUAUCGUAUUGACGACCUUGGGACAUGUGGCGGGUGCACUGGUUCUGAUCCUGAACUGCAACCCAGUAGCUCGGGCCUGGAAUCCGACCAUUGCUGGCAUAUGCCUUCCAGUCGGACCGACCUUCUACGGUCUGGCAGCCUUCACCAUCGUCUGCGAUGUGGUCAUCAUCUUCCUCCCGAUCCCGUUGCUACUCCAGUUGAACGUGAAACCGGCACAGAAAGCAGGAGUGGUGUGCCUGUUCCUGCUCGGGCUGUUCACUACUAUCUGCUCGAUUCUACGCCUCACACAGAUCCAUCGCGUUGUGUCUGUGGAUGGAGAUUCCACCAUGUUAGUCCUGUGGGGGACGAUCGAAUUCAAUAUCGGGAAUAUCGUCACCUCGCUUCCAUUCCUUACUCCCCUUCUCAAGAUGUUUAUCCGCGACUUUCGAUCCCGCAGUGGCAGCGAAUUACGCAAGAACACCGGAUACACAUUGCAAUCGUUCUCCAAGCAGCAACGCUCGCAAUUGAAAUCGGACCUCUCCAAGGAGCCGGCGCCGGUCAAACGAACCCCCAGCGAGGAGCUCAUCCUCGAUAGCGACGAUUCCACUCAUCGAGCGAACGCCGAGAUCCACGUCACGGUCGAGUACCGUGUCUCACUCGAGAAUAAAUGA